AUGCUGCAGGCAAUCAAGUACAGCCAGGGUCACCUGGAGAUCUUGGACCAGUUGCAACUACCUUUUGUUGAGAAUUAUGUUCCCAUUCAUUCUGCAGAGGAUGGCUGGCAUGCAAUCAAGGACAUGAAAGUUCGAGGCGCGCCGGCCAUUGCCAUCGUGGCAAUGCUUGCGCUUGCCUCGGAGCUGCAUUCUAUGGGAACCAAGGGCAAGGUCCCCAAGACAGCUGAAGAGACGCGAACCUAUAUCGCGAAACAAUUGGAGUAUCUAGUAACAAGCAGACCCACCGCAGUGAACCUAAGUGAUGCCGCUCGCAAGCUGGGAUCCGUCGUGGAGGCUCGGGCGAACCAACCUGGCGCUGAUGGGCAUGAUGUUGUUGCGGCUUUUAUCCAGGCCGCGGAGGCGAUGAUGGUGAAGGAUUUGGAUGAUAACCAGAGGAUUGGGCGCAAUGGUGCGGAGUGGAUCAUGGACAACGCAACAAGGCCCGGGGCAUCAAACGUCGCCGUCCUGACGCACUGCAACACCGGAUCUCUUGCCACUUCCGGCUACGGUACAGCCUUAGGAGUGAUCCGAUCACUGGCGUCAAAGAAUUCUCUACGACAUGCCUAUUGCACCGAAACGAGACCAUACAACCAAGGCUCUCGCCUGACUGCCUUUGAAUUGGUUCAUGAUAACAUUCCCGCUACGCUGAUCACGGAUUCAAUGGCAGCAGCAUUGCUUGCAGACCCCAGUGUGGGGGUGAAUGCUAUCGUGGUGGGAGCAGACAGGGUGGCAGCCAACGGAGACACUGCCAAUAAGAUCGGCACAUAUGCACUGGCGGUCCUAGCAAAGCACCACAGUGUCAAAUUCCUUGUCGCAGCCCCUCUCACAACUAUCGACUUGGCGACAAAGUCAGGAAAGGACAUCGUCAUUGAGCAACGCGCAGCAUCCGAGGUAACCAGCAUCAAGGGCCCUCGAGAAGGAGAUGAGAGGGUGGUCUUGGAUACUGUUCGCAUCGCUGCACCGGGUAUCAGUGUCUGGAACCCUGCAUUCGAUAUCACUCCGUCGGCUCUAAUUGAUGGAGUCAUUACGGAGGUCGGCGUGAUUGAGAAGGGCGCCGACGGCCAGUUUGACAUGGACAGGCUAUUCAAGGUCUCCGCUCCGGCUUGA